UUCAGUUUUUGUGCUUACCUUGCGAUUGUCGGAUGUACGUUUCUUCGAAUUUGUGUUAAUUCUGUGAAGGGUUCUUUUCCACACAGUUCUGAUGGAUUUGAUUUUUACCGUUUCUAUGAUAAGGCGUUUUCAGAACAAACAAUAGUUGCUCAUAUAAGUUUUCAGUUUUGGGGAUGUGUUCAGUGCAAUUCCAGGGCUGGGAAAAUCUGCCGAAAGCUGACCUUGACGUCUGGCUGGACCAACACCGGGUGCUGAAAUUCAUAAGUCUGUGACGGAAGUAUGUGCAAUGAUUUUCGAAGUGUGACAGGCGCAGAACUAGGAGGAAAUAUCUCUGUGCUAAUGUUGAUAUCCUAAUGUCGAUAGUCCACGGUCAAAACGAUAGGGAAGCAAAACCAGUCUGAUAAAUCACUGUGCCUCUUCUGAUAUAUGAUAGUGUGCGAGAGAGCAAAGGAGUGCGUUUUAAUCAAAAAUAAUUCUGCUUUGAAGGAUACCUACUACCUAUAUGUAGCAUAGCGGAUUCCAGUGGACUGAAGAAUAAUUCAACUUGUGCCUCUCUACAUUUGUGUGUCCGGUUGUUUUGGUGUAUCGUGUGUCAUCAUUUGUUUGUAUCCAAACUUUUCAUUUAGUGGUAAACUUAUCUGUGACAGCUGAUAAGAAUAAAAGUGUAUCACGCCUUUCUGUAGCACUAUUAACAAGAAGGAAGGCGGAAAGGAUAGCAAAAAAAAACUUGGAAAAGAACCCUUACACGUGGCCGAUAAGCCUCUAAAGCGUUUAGAACAGCAUCACCUGCGCGUUUAACUCGGCGAAAGAGAACCACUCGUCGGGCAAAAUCCAGUCCAUUACAAUGACUUUGAUUGUUAUAUGCGUCAAUCACUGGCAACGUAGAAGUAACUAAGAAAGUGUUACUGAUAAGAAGGUUGUGAUUGAGCAAAUUAUCGUCCCCGAUAGAGUGCGUGCCUGCGUCCGUGGCCUAUCGGAAAGUACAAAUAGUGUUGGAAGGCAAUUUUUAUAAACAAAGAUAAGAGUGUUCUCGCUUUGUUCGCCUCCUCUAGGGCUUGUCGAACACUUGUUUCCAAUACCUUACUUGCUGCGUUCGCGGUUAGACGCCUACAAAAGUAGUAAAAAUGUCGACCGUUCUGCUCGAGGCACGCCCUUACCGGCCGUUUAAAUCCAGCGAAGAAUACCUCUAUGCCAUGCGCGAAGAUUUGGCGGAAUGGAUGAACACAAUGUACCCGGAGCUGCGUAUGAACGUAGACAAUUUUAUGGAUCGGUUGGACACCGGCGUCGCGCUUUGCAAGCAUGCAAAUAACGUUCGGCAGGCCGCAGAGGAAUAUCUGGCGAGGAGACAGGCGCGCAAUAAAUCCAUGACAAAAUCGAUGACAUCCGGCUUGGCCGGACCCAUACUGAGCAUGGGCAACGUCCACUUUUUGCCAGCGGCCAAAUGUGGAACAUUUUUCGCAAGAGAUAAUGUCUCAAACUUCAUCGCGUGGUGCCGAAAAAGUCUCCAAAUAUUCGAAUGCUUAUUAUUCGAAACCGACGACUUGAUUAUGCGCAAAAACGAAAAACAUGUGAUCUUAUGUUUACUAGAGGUUGCUCGAAGAGGUGCUAAAUUUGGAAUGCUGGCUCCAAUGUUAGUUCAAAUGGAGAGGCAAAUCGAUCGGGAAAUCGCCGCCGACAAUAAAGCGAAUGGCAUUGUUUGCGGUACGCAAACCGAUGGAAAUUCGCAUUCCAUAUCAACGGGAACAGAGGAAGAUCUGUUCGAUUCCGACAGUGAAGACGAAGAUGACCCCAACGGUCCCAUGCUGAUGUAUGGGCCCCAGCCUCAAAUUGUUACCAACGAUCUGAAAAGUUUGGAUGAAAUGGUUCGCGAUCUGGUAGAAAAAUGCACCUGCCCGUCGCAGUUCCCCAUGGUGCGAGUAUCAGAGGGAAAAUAUCGCAUCGGUGAUACCAAAGUGCUUAUUUUUGUGCGGAUUCUACGGUCGCACGUUAUGGUUCGGGUAGGUGGCGGUUGGGACACGCUUUCGCACUAUUUGGAUAAGCAUGACCCGUGCCGGUGUAAGGCGCAGCAUCGUUCGUCGGUGGCCGCAAGACUAAUUACCAAAACAAAUCAUUCGAAUAACGGCAUUGAGCUGCACAAAGCGCAAGUGGUUUAUGAGAGAUCACCUACGCCGUCAAGCAAGUCAAAUAGUCAUACCGCACAGACUGGAUCACCCAAUAUGGAUAACUUGGGAAGCACGUUGUCGCCGCCGUCCCGCGCGCGCAGUCGAAGCCGUAGUCCAAGCGCACAGCGUAAAAUUAACCAGAACAAUGAGUCUACGGCGGCACACAUACACGAGAAGGGAUACCUCGCUUCUCCAAAUUUGACUCGCCGUUCGAUGUCGCCUAGUCCCCGCCGUUUAGAUAUGAAGAAAAAGCAACACUCGCUGGAUUCGAGUUCAACGACGACACAAGCAACGACUGUUAAUAAUAGCGGAAGCAAUCAACUACACCAAGCGACGGUCCACUUUGAGUGCGAUCGUGACGGCUCUAUUAUAACUGAUAGCAGUAAGACUGAGUCCUCCGCCGAGGACAAAACCAGCAAAUAUGAGAAUAUCAGCGACAACGGUAGUGAAAUUAGUGAUGAGGGAUAUCGCAGUUUGGGAGUAAUACAAUCCAACGGAACAGCAGCGGGUCAGGUGCAAAAAAGGGUGUCAUUGUACAGCCAAGCCUCGAACGAAGAUGCUGAAAUUAGCGCGCAUCUGGAGCAGACAACCUCAGACUCACAAGUCACGCCGACUGAUGAAAGUAGUUCGAAGGCAAACGAUGAGGAUUUAACGACAAUCUCAGAUGAAGGAACAGCCAAAUCCGAUGAUAUCGAUAAGGUCGCCGAAUUGCCGGAUACCGUUGAUUGCGUGGAUACUCCAGAGACAAACUUCGCAAAAUCUGGCGUUUUCAUCACAGAUGAUGAAAUCACGAUAGACAUAGCUAGCAGCACAGGACUGAGAAAGACAGGAUUUUCCGAAAAUCUCUAUGACGCAAAUAAUCCAGUACCGUUAAAGACUCCUACAGUGUCAAAAAUUCCCAAAUCCCCCUUGCCCUCGAGGCGCAAAAGUGCCGAAGGUUCAACAACGCCCGCUAGCGACAAAGCGUCGACAUUGAGUAGGAAAAUUCCUACUUAUCGAUCUGUACGGAAGCCGAACCCUUCAGCGGACCAAAAAGAUAAUACUUGGAGUGGCAGGACCACCAAGCAAAGAACGCCCCUUACUGUUGACACAUUUGAUACCAAAGUAAACUCCCACCAGGCACAAUUAUCCCGUAACUCUCCAGUCAGAACAUCCCAAUAUGACAAAAAUGGCAGAAAAAUUAAGCCAGUCAGUAGUUCUGUGAACACAUCGCCGAGCAAAAUCGGACAAACUUCGGUUCUCGCACAGCAGCUCAUAGAAGCAGCAGCGGGAGCUCAAAAUGAUACGCAGAUCAUUGAAAAGGUGAAGCAGCUGCUCUCUAAAUACUCUUCAAAUCAGCCCCAAGCCAUGACGCCAGGUGGACCCGAAUUCGACGACUUCACAACCGCGUGGGUCAACAACAAUGGGAUAGUUGAUCGCAACAUAAGUAAUUCGCCGAAGACACAAUCCAAACGAAGUUCAACUGUUUCAACCACAUCAGAGGGAGCCAAUUGUAAGGAAAUUCCCUCGGUGCUGUCACCGCGACGGGAAAAAGGCCUUUCGAAGAUUCCAGCACCGGUUCGGUCCAACACGGGACUGUACUGACAUCGCCGUAACCAGUCAUUGAAUAGUUUUGGUGCUAAGCAAUGAUUGCAGAUGAUUGGAUUCUACACUGUUUUAAGGUUCCAAUGGAAACGCAAAAAAGAAACUACUAUGAGCUACAAUUAGGAUGUUUCAUUUUUAUGGGUUGCCAUCAUCCGCGCUUAGCAUCAUCAGUUAGAUUGUAAUAUCCAUAUCAUUUAUCUGUGUAAUGUCUUAUGGAAAUAUUGUUAAUAUUAAAAAGUUCCGGUUCCAUUUUUACUCGCUAAAAGUCGAUUUUGUCAAUGCUAUGCUCUACAAUGUCAUGAAAGAGAAAUUAACAACUCUUUUGCAACAUUGAAUAAUCCUAGAAAAGCAUUCCCAAGACCUAGACUAUAAAACCAGUACUAUCAUUGCAGCGGUGCUUUUUUAAUUGUUUGUUUAGAGAAAUUUAUUCUGUUAUAAAUACCAAUAAUGUUGGCGCUGAAAAGAAAAGAUUGAUUUUUGAAGUAAAGAAGAAAGACAUGUGGAAAGUACUAAUUAUUAGUAGACUGUAAAGUUUUAAAAAUUUCCCUUAUUCUGCCAUAAGAAACAAAAAACUAAUAACUUUUCUAGACUUUACUCGCUAACAUAUGUCCUCUUUAUAUAGUUAGGAAAGCAAGCAAUAGAAUACGAAUCUGACAAAAGAUAAUGAGCAAACAAAGACAUGCAACUAGAUUCGUCCGUAAUCAAGUAAAGUCAUCCACAGUGCAAUCUGAUCGCAUAAUAACAAAACGCCAUAUAUAGUCCCAAAAUAUUUACAAUAGUGAAUACUCCAUUACUAGUGCAUAGACCGAUUAAAUGCUGUUAACUAAACCGGCAUUAUAUUUGGUACAUAAUAUUGAAAAUUCGAAUCUGUCAAUAACCAACGACCUGCGUUGUGUGUUUGUAGGCACAAAUGUAAUCCGUGUAUUUUAUUAAAAGGAAAAUAAAAGGUUCAUACUGCCAUC